AUGAGCCCGAAAUCACGCAAAUCUUUACACAAAGAUUCUCACAAUUUUAAACAUCUUAAGAGUACAAGGAGUAGCAGCAAGAUUAGGAGGAGUAGAAGGAGUAGAAGCACAAGUAUACAAAGUAGAGACAGUAGAGGAGACAAAUACACUCACAAAAGUCGGUAUAGAACCAGUCGUGACCCCGAAUCUGUUACUGAACAUCUUAGAUUAGCUCAAACACAACACUUUGAUCCCGUGACAAACAGUGAUUUGAGGGAGGAAUUUGAGAGAUCGGCGUUUGACAAGGCGUACGGGUUGGACAUUUCAGAGAUUUUAACGGCAACUACCGUUUCGGAGGGGAGUAAACUGAGCAGAAGUGACCGUAGGAGACACCGGGAACACGAACUUAAACAUCACCAGGAACGGUUCUGGAAGUGUAAAAGGUGUGAAUUCAUGAAUUAUCUCUCAAACUACGAGUGCAAACACUGUAAAACUCUCAGACACACUUCACACAAUUAA